ACAAAUCACAAUAACAAUAUUCAGAUUUAUUGUGUAUUUGCGUUGUGUUGUGCUUGUACAAUUUUGUUAAUGUUUUGUAUUCAUCAUAGGCACCUAUUCGACCGGAGGUUUAUUCGAACAAAAUGAUUUGAAAUCUCAAAAUUCGUUCUCUGGAAGAAAUCUCGUGGAAUACAAUUUUCAAAUGCUCGCCCCAUCGCUGGACACCCUAACUAAAAAUAUGGAAUGUGAAGAGCAAUCUACGACCAGUUCGUUGGACAUUGUAAUAAAAUGGAAUGGUAACGAUUACGAUGUAAAAAAUUUGAAUACAAACAGUGAUGUGAAAACGUUGAAAGAAGAAAUAUUUAAAUGUACUGGCGUGCGGCCAGAAAGACAAAAACUUACCAACUUAAGAAUUUCAGGUAAAAUGGCUCCAGACGAAUGUUUGUUGAGUGCAAUAAAUAUUAAAUCUGGAACCAAAAUUAUGAUGGUUGGUUCAAAAGAAGAAGACAUUGCAGAAGCUAGUGUGGUUCCUCCUAAAAGAGAAAAAGGCAGAAAAUGUAAAAGCUAUGAUUCAGAAGAGUUUGAUGAAGAACGUGUUGAUAAAAUGGAAAUACAUUUAGCUAAAGUUCAAAAUAGGGUUGAUAAUUAUGAGAUUAAAAUGCUCAAUGAUCCUAGACCUGGCAAAAAACUGUUGGUACUUGAUAUUGAUUAUACUCUGUUCGAUCACAGAUCAGCAGCAGAAAGUGGAUUAGAACUUAUGAGACCAUAUUUACAUGAUUUUUUAGAAUCUGCCUACGAACAAUAUGAUAUUGUAAUCUGGUCAGCAACUGAUAUGCGUUGGAUAGAACGUAAAAUGGCUGUUUUAAAUGUAGCUAAUAAUGUUGCGUACAAAAUAAUGUUCUACUUAGAUAAUGCUGCAAUGAUUACUGUUCAUACUCCUAAAUAUGGAGUGGUUUCUGUCAAACCAUUAGGUGUAAUAUGGGGUAAGUUUCCAGAAAACUAUAAUAAACAUAAUACAAUUAUGUUUGACGAUAUUCGUCGAAAUUUUUUGAUGAAUCCAAAAAAUGGUCUGAAAAUUCGUCCAUUUAGAGAGGCCCAUCUAAAUUGGGAAAUGGACAAAGAAUUAUUGCAUUUGUCUGUGUAUUUAUAUGAAAUUGCCAAAAUUGAUGAUUUUACUAAACUUAAUCAUAGAAAUUGGGAAAAAUUCAUUAAGAAAGCACAAUACAAAAAAGAAAAACGACAUAAAAGAGAUAGAACUGACAACAAUGAACCUAAACCGCCUGAUUCUCAACCAAAAUUGUGAUGUAUCAAAUGAUAAUGUGUAUUUAUAUAUAUUUUGAUCUAAAUAAGAAAAUUUAUUGUACAGCUAAUUUUUUUUUAUGAUAAUUUAAUAUAAUAAAUUUAAUUUGGCUAAUA